CAACAUGGCUGCGCCCGCGGUAGGCCCGGCUCGUGGGUACCGUUCCGGGCUCCGUCACGUCUUCUUGCUGCCGCUGCUCUUGCUACUCUGCGGGGCGGCGGGGAGCAAGGAGGCCGGGACCGGUGCAGGCACGGCGCCCCUCACGGGCUCGUGCGGCUGCGGCACGCCCCAGCGGCCCGGGGCCCAUGGCAGUUCGGCGGCCGCACACCGAUACUCGCGGGAGGCGAACGCCCCGAGCCCGCUUUCAGGAGAGCGGCCGCUCGUGCCCACUAAGAUGGUUCCCAUCCCUGCUGGAGUGUUUAUAAUGGGCACAGAUGAUCCUCAGAUAAAACAGGAUGGAGAAGCACCUGCGAGGAGAGUUGCUAUUGAUGCCUUUUACAUGGAUGCCUAUGAAGUCAGUAAUGCUGAAUUUGAGAAGUUUGUGAACUCAACUGGCUAUUUGACAGAGGCUGAGAAGUUCGGCGACUCCUUUGUCUUUGAAGGCAUGUUGAGCGAGCAGGUGAAGACUGAUAUCCAACAGGCAGUUGCAGCUGCUCCCUGGUGGUUACCUGUUAAAGGCGCUAACUGGAGACACCCAGAAGGGCCCGACUCUACUGUCCAACACAGGCCAGAUCACCCAGUGCUACAUGUGUCCUGGAAUGAUGCGGUGGCCUACUGCACGUGGGCUGGGAAGCGGCUGCCCACGGAAGCCGAGUGGGAGUAUAGCUGUCGGGGAGGCCUGCAGAAGAGACUUUUCCCCUGGGGCAACAAACUGCAGCCGAAAGGCCAGCAUUAUGCCAACAUUUGGCAGGGCGAGUUUCCUGGGACCAACACUGGGGAGGAUGGCUUCCAAGGAACUGCGCCUGUUGACGCCUUUCCUCCCAAUGGUUACGGCUUAUACAACAUAGUGGGGAAUGCGUGGGAGUGGACUUCAGACUGGUGGACCGUUCACCAUUCUGUCGAAGAAACGCUUAACCCAAAAGGCCCUCCUUCUGGAAAAGAUCGUGUGAAGAAAGGUGGAUCCUACAUGUGCCAUAAGUCCUACUGCUAUAGGUAUCGCUGUGCUGCUCGAAGCCAGAACACACCUGACAGCUCAGCUUCGAAUCUGGGAUUCCGCUGUGCAGCUGACCACCUGCCCACUGUGGACUGACAGCCAAGAAUAGCCUUCCCAAAUCCAAGAAGAUGUUGUGUCUAACCUGCACUUGGCUUCCCUCAGAACUCUGAACGAUCUCGUGCAAAGAAUUCCCACCCCGAGGUGGGGUUACAUACCUGCCCAAUGGCCAAAGGAACUGUCUUGCGAGACCAAAUCGCUGACCUGCGUCAGUGCAUGUGCUUUAUUGUGUGGUGCAUCUUUGGAGAUCAUCGCCAUGUUUUACUUUUGAGUCUUUUAAAGAGGAAGGGGAGUAGAGGGAACCCUAAACUAGGCUUCAGCAGGUCUGCCUCCUAGCCAGGGGUGUUAGACACUGGGGCCCAGCACUUGACCUUCCUGGGCCUCUGUAUCCGCAUCCAUCAGAUGAGGGGAUGGACAACAUGACCUCUGAGGUUCUCUCCAACUCAAAAAUUCUGUGAGUGAUGUCAGAUUCUAUUGUGAUUUCACAGUGAGAAUUUAUGACAUUAUUUUUUAGCUAUUUUUUUCCAUGUGUGAAACUUUGGGUGAUAUAAGAGUUCUCUUAUGUACUAUUUUCAGAAAAGGGGAAGGGGGUGACGAUGAGUCUUUUAUAUUCAUACUGCACUUUGUUUUUCCAGGGAAAUCAGUGUCUUUUACAUUGUUAUGAUGCAUCCCACGUGGGCCCGUGAUGGAAUGCUGAAGUUCAGCAAUCUGAACACACAGGAAUAUCUGUGGGGUGACUCUACUGUGCUUUAUCUUUUAACAUUAAGUGCCUUUGGUUCAGAGGGACAGUUAUAAGCCCUAUUUCCCCCUCUCCCCAAAGCCUUUGGUGAAUGUGAAAUGUGUGAUAAAUGGGGAAAGCCGUUAAUUCUAGAUUUAGGAGAACAGGAACGAGGACCUUGCAUUAGCUAUAUUCUAAGUCUCCAAUAUUUUGUAAUAGAGAAGUAGGAAAUCUUGUUGGCUAUGGAAUAUUAGAUGCUUUGAAUCAUGCACUAUGUCGAAUAAACUGGUAUCUGCUAAA